AUGAAGCAACUAUUGCAUCAUAAAGAUUCACAACCCAUUAAUGCUCAGCUUUCACUACAAAUUCAACAGCAACAGAAUGAUGCAUGGCUGUGUCUCAUCAAGAUAGUACAAACAAUAGCCCUGUUGGCAAAACAAGGUCUCCCUCUUCAUGGCCAUGAAGACAAUGACGGCAAUUUUAAACAGUUUCUGCUUGCACAGGCAGAUGAUGUGUCUUAUCUAAAAAAUUGGCUAUCACACAAAGCAGAAUACAUGAGUCCCGACAUUCAAAAUGAGAUUUUGAAGUUAUUGUCUCACACCGUAUUACGCCUUAUUCGGAAACAGAUUGGAAAUAAUGCCUUUGCAAUUAUUGUUGAUGGCACACAAGAUAUAUCUGGUCAAGAACAAAACAAUGUCUGUAUCUGCUAUGUUGAUGAAGACUUGUACCCACAUGAGGACUUCAUAGGCUUAUAUCAAGUUGAUGAAACAAGUGGAUCUGCAAUCGCACAGAUUGUCAAGGAUGCUUUAUGCCGUAAUGGGCUUUGUAUGUCAAUGUUGCGAGGGCAAACAUAUGAUGGAGCUUCAAAUAUGGUUGGUAAAUAUCAUGGUGCCCAGGCAUUAAUCAAGCAGGAACAUCCACUUGCCAUUUAUGUCCAUUGCGGUGCACAUUGCACAAAUUUAGUUAUGCAGGCCGCAGCACAUCAAUGUCCAAUAAUGGAAGAUGCACUUAGGUGUGUGCAGGAUAUUGGCAAACUCUUUGGGCAAUCUAUGAAAUGCAGAACCACAUUUUCAGAAAUUGUGCAUCAUAAAGCUGAAGGGCCUCUUAAAGUCUUGCAUAUUAAACCAUUGUGCCCAACACGCUGGACUGUUAGAGUGAAGCCUGUGAAAAAAAUUCUGGAUAAUUACCAGCUGAUUUUUGAAACACUUGAAGAAAUUGCAAAUACCAGAAGUAGUGGAGAUAUAAAUCCACGUGCACGUGGCCUACUACAACAAUUUAGGCAAGGGAAAACUCUACUAGGUCUUCAAAUCUCUCUUUGCAUCAUGGAGAUCUUAGAAUGCCUGAAUGUAGCCUUGCAAGGAAGAGAACAAACCAUAUCAGGACUUUUAGCAAGUGUACACACAAAGUGCCCUCACACACACAGCACCCUAACACACACACACACCACCCUCACAAACACACAGACACAGCACCCUUACACAUACACACACUAACAGUGACCUCACACACACACUAACAGUACCCUCACAUACACACACCACCCACACAAACACCGCACACUCACACACACAGCACCCUUACACAUACACACACUAACAGUGCUCUCACACAUACAGCACCCUUACACACACACACACACACACACUAACAGCACCCUUACACACACACAAUGCCCUCACACACACAGCACCCUAACACACACACACCACCCUCACAAACUCACAGACACAACACCCUCACACCUUUACACUCACACAGCGCCCACACACAGCACUCUCACACACACACAGCAUUGCAAACAUACAUAUACAUGCGGCGUGUGUGUUUGUGCUUUAGGGUGCACACCCUUAUGCAAUAGGCCGCGCACGCCUAUGUUUAUAGCCAUAAAGCUCAUAAAUUGGAAGUUACCCUUAACACCUAAAUGGCCAGAUGUAGCUGGUCAGAUUGAAUACCGGGGCAGAAUGGAAAAAGGGUUUUACAGAAAUGCAGAUAAGACCUAUCUGCAUAAAGCUAUAUGAUCCAACUGGAAGAAAAUCUCUACGGAUAAAAUCUCUACAGCUUAUAGUACUCGUAUACAGGUACUCUAAAAAAAUAUCGAAUACAUAUAGAAAUCAAUCAGAUAUAUUUAAAGGGAGACAUGUUUAACAGCCCCAUUAAAAAUAGGGGGGGGGGAAGAAAGGAAACAAACAAAAAAGGAAAAGAUAAAGGGGGAAGGAAAAGGGAAACAGUGGAAAGAAAAAAGAGGAAGGAAAGGGAAAAAAAUAAAAUAAACAACUUCCUGAGCUGAGUAUGCUGUCUCCUCUCUCCCCUUGAAAGGACCCUUUCCGUCCGCCAUCUCGCAAAAAUAAUUGCGAUCAUUGACUCUAUGUUAAUAGUUAUUAAGUAAUUCUGUCAGUUAAAUUUUAAUGUGAUGAAUGAUUGUCAAAAAAAUUGAAUUAUAAAGUUAUCAUGAAUAAUAACUUAACAGCUGAAUCUAGUUCAUGUAUACUUGUUUUUGAAUUUGUCACACCAUUUGUUAGUCAGUCUGUUUAGUAAGUUGUUCAUCAGGAAAAAUUAUCGAUAAAAGUUAUAAUAAAAAUAGGAUUUUUAAUAAUGCAAUUAAAACUUAGAAAAAAAUGCUUAAGGCAAAAAAAGCUUAAAAUAUCAAUGUUAAACAGUUAAAUGGAGAGACCACAGGGAGCAGGAGAGACAGUCGCCACAGCUUCGGGGCGACUCUCUCUCCUGGUUGUGGGCUGCGGUGCUUUAAAAGUGUGAUCGCAGGGUGA